AUGGCAUGGCAGUAAAGUUGUAUCUGUGUAUCGGUUCCGUCCUCCACGUAUACCCCGCCAACCAAAAUGACGAACAUCUACUCGCUCCACCACAAACAUCUCUCAAUACCUAGCAGCAUCAGUAAAAAAAUGGCGGAUUCAAGUACAGCGUUCAUGGGCGCGUCACAUCCAUCUAUUCAGAUCUCAUUUCCUCUUCCAAAAGCUCCAGAGACCAAUAUUCAUCUGCACUUGACAAUCAACAAAAUUUCAUUAUUGUUGUUCCUCACGACGGCAUUGAAUGGUGAUACUUCUACAGCACCACCUCUGGGCUCGUUUGUCUAUGCGCUUCCCAAUGUAAGCCCGAUUCUUUGUUUUCGCUAUCAUCCUUUCGCAUUAACAUGUAUUUAGAGAAUGAAUGCUAGUCAGCCACUUUCUACACCGUUGUGUGUCUAUGAAUCCUCAGUCGAGUUCACCACUCGACUUGCAAAAUUGUUGGCGCGCAAAACAGGAAAGCCUGUCUACGUUGGCAAUUCUAUCAGUUUCGCAAGUGCAGGAAUGGGCGGAACUGUGGAGGAGGAGAUGGAAGGUUUCAAGAAGGUGGUGGAAAUUGUCAUGGAACAAGUGCGAAAGACUGAAAAUCAAGGUACCCAUGGCAUCUAGAUCGAAGCGGUCAUUGUCUCCAAUACUCCAUCAAAUUUAGAUGAAGCACCAGCUACUACACACAUUAUUCUAGUUCGUACAAGGAGAGCGGACGAUACCGAGAAUCGGGUUCUUGCAAAGCAAACUACAACUUGAUAAUUGUGUGCCCUGCAGUUGUACAGAUGCCGGUUCCAGAAAUGCCAAUGAGCUAUUCAAGCCAUCUCAAAGAUGGUAAUACCUAAGAUCAAAGAUUUAUAUGCCAAGCGCCUUCAUCGAGGCUUGUAUCGCGAUCACUUGUCGGACAGCAAUAGUCGUCAGAUGUACGACCUGACAAAGAACAGGACCAAAUCCUUGGGAUCUAACUUGCACUGUAUCAUUCUGCGGUGGAACAAUAAUAGCGCUAGAAACUUACCAAAGGUCCACUAUGUUUCUGUAUUCUCCUGAAGACAUUCAAUGACCCACGGCCCGCUCCGCCAAUACUUCAUUGUCUUUCAAAUCUUUCAUUGUGUGUAACCGACAAUCUUGUCUAGCAAUCGCUGGAGUCUCAAUAAUGACAUUUGCAUUCGCUACAUGCAAGAUUCCUAGCCAACUUUCAAUUCAGCACCGAUUUAAGAUUCCGUCAAGACAAUGAGCUUAUCCAUUUAUUUCUAUUGAGUAUAAGUAGUACAGCUUGCCGCCACACUGAGACCCGAACUUUUGAGGGACGGGAAUGAGUUGGCUUCAUGACAUAAGGCUGGGGGCUACAGCUAACGAGAUCACUACAUGGACUUUCUCAACUCACGUCCGCAGCAGUAGCUUGUUGGGUCCUCACAAUAAGUCAAUUAAAUAUGGAGGAUCGUGCGAUACGCCGACCCAUUUAGCGUAAAUCCUUUGCUGAAUGAAUAGGACUAGAUAUUCGCAAUCUAAACCGGGACUUUAGGUUCUGAAGUUACACGAUGUCUUAAAACUCUCUCUU